AUGCAACAUUACAACAAUUCUAAAGGUUAUCAGAGGUCUACUGAAGUAUGGUUCCAGAAUCGGCGAAGCAAGGAACGUCGUAUGCGCCAACUGAGGUGUGGAAGUUUUCGGCCGACACGACGAAAUCGUGGUACCAAUCGUGACGACCUUUGCCCUCCGAAUGCUGACAUUUUUGCACAUGAAGCUGCAAGUGAUGGAUUCUAUGGUCAAGCACCUCUACGGUACUUCUGUGACGGUUAUCAACGACCGGAUAGUUCUGGUUCUAGCAGUAUAGCACCUCAUCCUGCCUUUAUUAUGCCCCCAGAUGCUCAUCGAAUUCCGGUCGAUACACCGAUUAGUGAGACCAGUUAUAUUGAAGACAGUUUACGGCCUCCACACAGUUCUCCAAAUAUGCCACUUGCAGCUCAGGAUGAAGCCUAUCGCCCACUGCACAAUAUAUAUGCUUCACCAGAACUGAAAACAGUUGUACCCGGCUGGUAA